AUCAUUAACUCAGUCACUCAGUGGAAUGUUAAAAUCAAGCAUGGCACUGGGGUACAUAAUCCUCGUUUGCCUCUUUAAUGGGUCAUUGGCGCAAUUGAACCAAAGACUUUUCCCGGAUGAUUUUAUGUUUGGUGCAGCGACAGCCGCUUACCAGGUGGAAGGGGGAUGGGACGAGGAUGGAAAAGGAGUCAGCAUCUGGGAUGACUUCUUCCACUCGCAGGGGGCUAACGAAACUGGCGAUGUAGCAUGCGACUCCUACCACAAAUGGCGGGAAGAUGUGGAAAAUGCUAAAAACCUUGGUCUGCAGUUUUAUAGACUUUCUAUUGCGUGGACGAGAAUACUGCCCGAUGGUACCCUUGGUAAUAUAAAUCAAAAGGGGAUCGAUUACUAUUUAAAUGUAUUAAAGGCUCUCAAAGAGAAUAACAUCGAGCCUGUAGUGACCAUUUAUCAUUGGGAUGCACCGCUGCAUAUCAGUAAGCUCGGCGGCUUCCUCAGUUCGGCCAUAGUCGACUAUUUCGGCGAUUACGCGAGACUACUAUUCCAAACAUUCGGAGAAUAUGUCAAAUACUGGAUAACCGUAAACGAACCCACCAUCGUUUGCGAAUUGGGAUAUGGAAUGGAUGUUUUCCCUCCAGCCCUAGCACUUAUCGGGGAUGGUAUUUAUCAAUGCGGUUACAACUUACUUAAGGCCCAUGCCCAUGCUUAUCACAUUUACGAAGACGAAUUUAAAGCAACCCAGAAAGGAAAGAUUACGAUAGUUACUGAAUGUGCUUGGUACGAGCCUAACGAUCCCACGAGCACCCAAGACCUGGAAACUAGAGAAAGAGCUAUACAAUUCCGUCUUGGAUGGUUUGCCAAUGCCGUGUACCUGGGCAACUGGCCUCAGGUUAUGAUAGAUAGAAUCGGCAACAGAAGUCAAGCAGAAGGUUUGUCCAAGUCUCGCUUGCCACAAUUUACGCAAGAAGAAAUCGACUAUAUCAACGGAACCCACGACUACUUCGCACUCAAUACUUACGGUACCGUAAACGUUACAUACACACCGGAAGCGCCUCCCGGCGAAGCAAGCUACUGGACCGAUCUGGAAGUCACCAAUAGUGAUACUUACGAUGAUCCCCAGGGCAUCAGAAAAUUGCUUAACUGGAUCAAUAACCGCUAUAAUCCAGGGGAAAUCAUUAUUUCGGAAAACGGGAAAGUAAACGAUGGAGGUUUGGAUGAUGACGAUAGGAUUGAGUAUAUAUCGGGUUAUUUGAGCAGUAUUCUAGAUGCAAUAUACGAGGAUAAUCUUAAUGUAAUCGGUUAUGGAGUAUGGAGCAUCAUGGAUAAUUUUGAAUGGGGUUCUUACGAUAAGAGGUUUGGAUUAAUCGAAGUAGACUUUGACAGUCCAAACAAAACAAGAACAUGGAAAAAAUCAGCCUACUGGUAUCAAGAUGUGAUCAACCGCAGAUGUCUUGCCACUACGUGCCAGGAAAACAUUUUAUAAACCCAAAAGAUUAUUAAA